AUGAAUUAUUCAGAGCUUAACCAAACUGAUCACUGCUUACAUUUUUACUGUGCGGAGAGAUCUUUAUCCACUGUUUAUGUGUUUCUGUAUGUGUCUGCAGCUGCUGUAGCUCUGCUGACAGUGUGUGAAAACCUGCUUGUUAUCAUCUCUGUCUGCCACUUCAAGCAGCUCCACACACCAACUAACAUGCUCAUCCUCUCUCUGGCUGUGUCAGACUUUCUGGUUGGAGCUCUUGUGAUCCCUAUAGCAUUAAUAUGGAUCAUUGAAUCAUGUUGGAUUUUUAAUAGAGGUUUCUGUAUAAGUUUUGUAUUAACAGCCUUUUUUCUUAAAAGCACAUCUAUAUUUAAUGUUGCUCUGAUCGCUGUUGAUCGAUAUUUUGCUCUCUCUAAUCCAUUUCUCUACACUAGAGCGGUCUCUGUGAGCACAAUGUGCUUUGUGAUCUUGUGUGACUGGUUUAUUAUGUUCUUUUAUAAUCUGGCGGUUCACUAUUUCAACAGAGACCUCAAAGGUUUAGUAAUGUGUCCUGGAGACUGCUUUCUUGUCUUCGGUGAGGUCUGGUAUCUGGUUGAUCUUGUGUUUAUUUUUGUUUUUCCAUUUGCUGUUAUAGUCAUACUGUAUGUUCAAGUGUUUGUUAUUGCAAAGAAACAUGCCACUGCUAUCAGAGACCUUAAUAUUCAGACGAGUACUCAGACAUCAAAGAAGGAUAUUUCAAUGAAAUCAGAGAGGAAAGCAGCUAAAGUACUUGGAAUCGUUGUGUUUGUGUUUUUGGCUUGUUACUUUCCAUACUUUAUUUACAGUUUAUUAGGUAGGGUAAUUGAAAUUGAAAUUCAGUCAUUUCAAAAAGUUCUGAUCCUUGUUUAUUUAAACUCCACUAUUAAUCCAGUUAUAUAUGCCUUGUUUUAUCCAUGGUUUAGAAAGUGCAUUAGACUAGUUUUAACACUUCAAAUAUUAAAAAAAGAUUCUGCGCUCAUAAAUGUUCUUUCUUAA